AUGGAUAAAUUUGAUUAUUUAUUAGUUAAAGAAUUCCUUAAAAAUAAAAAUAUAUUAGAAAAUAAUGAUAAUGAUUUGGAAUUAGCUAAUAACCCAUGUUCCUCUUAUGGCAGUAUUGGAUCAUAUCAAAAUAUAGGGGAAAAAUUCCCAGAACAUAGAUGCAAAAAAGCUUUGACCUUUGCAUCUAAAAUAAAAGAUGAAUAUUAUAAUUUUGGAUAUGCACAAGAAGAUUGUUUAUACUUAUAUUAUUGGUUAUACAAUGAAUUUAAGGCUUAUAAUAUGAGCCAACAUACCUUUGAUAUUUAUUUUCAAUUGAUUAAUGCUGUACAUGGGCCAAAUAAUAUGAAAUGCAGGUAUUAUAGAUAUACAAGUAUUUCAGAAAUUGAAAUCCAAUUACUGGACGAUUUAUAUGGAAUGUAUACUAAUCUGCAUUACAUAGAAACAUCUUCUUACCCAUCUGGCAAAAUUAAGUGCAAUUGCAUUACCGAAUGUUCAGAUAAAUAUGAAGUAUACCAUGAAAAAUGUAAAUCUAAUAAUACAAGCUCAUUUUGUAGAGCAUUAGACGAUAUUAAAAAUAAAUAUAAUAAAAUGCCAAAUUUGACAGAUGGUUGUGAUAAUAUAAAAUGCAAAAUGUUACCUUGCGAUAGCAAUGAGAAUAUAAGGUUGCCUUCUCCUAAAAUUAAAAAAUCAAUAACUGCUAUAUUAUCAACUAUUCUAAUAUUAAUAAUACCCAUUUUAUUAUUUAUAAUUUAUAAGUUCCUUCCAUGUAAUUCAAGCAUGCAUCGUGGAAUAAAAAAGAUAAUGAAUAAAUGUCGUGGUAAAUAUAAAGAAUGCAAUAAAUCACAAAAUUCAGAAAUAUCUAACAGUAUUUAUUGGAAUAAUAACUAUAAUGUAUUAUAUAGUUCUACCUAA